GACUAGGUCAUAACAAUACUCCAGUCAGCUCUGCAGCGAACAGCUCUUGUGUCUAAUUGUAACUGCCUGUGAUCCCCCCUUUGAUCAAAUGGUGUAUGACAGUUAGUAACCGGAAGUUACUAUGUUAAACUGCAUCGUAUGCCUACAUAGAAUGUGACACACAAUCUGAAUCUGGUUAUAUAUAGUGUCUUUAUUCACCAACUUGCAACAGCUGCUGCAUGUGGCUGUGGACGAAUGUAGUGCUUGCGAGCUGAAUUUGAAGUGGAAAAGGUUUAACUAACGUUUCUAAAGAUGACGUUUCCCAAACUUGUACACACAAGUAACCGUCUGUAUGGCUCGUCUCCAGAUCCUCUGAGUUUCGUUUCCUCCGGAAUAGAAGAGAGUACGGAAGUCUCCUGAAGGUGGCUCUCCGACAUAGGUCCAUGGGCUCCGAGGGUGAACUGCAGCCCCAAUUGAGAGUCCUCCCUCCCGCAACAAACAACAUUAAACACAAAUAAGUAAUUCAUUCAACCGUCCUCCAGCACGAUGCCUCUCCCACACGGGGCAAACCGUCUCCUCUGCUGCCUCGCCCUCUUCGCUCACCUCACCGCCGCCAACCACGGCCGGACGGCCUCGGAACCAAAGAAGACUGCCUGCAUCGUGCGGGGCGCCUCGGCCGACUGCAGCCACAUGAACCUGAACGUGAUCCCCCAGGACCUUCCCCAGAACAUCACGCGCCUGGACGUGUCCCACAACAGACUGACCGGCCUACCCGGCGCCAACCUGUCCCGGUACGCCGGGCUCCUCGACCUGGAUGUCACCUUCAACAGCCUCACCAAGCUGGACCCCAGCCUGUGUCAGACGCUGUCGCGGCUGCGCACGCUGAACCUGGAGCACAACGAAGUGCACGUGCUGCGGGAUCAGGACCUGAGCGGCUGCGUCCAGCUCACCGUGUUGAACAUGGCGAGCAACAGGCUGGCGUUGAAGGCCAAAUGGCCUGACCCGUUUGCCGCCCUCGAGAACCUGACAACUCUCGAUGUAUCCAAAAACAUGCUUUUGACGGCCAAGCUGGGAUCUAAACCCCAGCUCCCUCGUCUCGUGGCACUGACAUUGUCACAUAAUACGAUUUCUACCCUGAAGAAAGAGGACUUCUACUUCCUCAGUCGCUCACCGUCGCUGUUUGUCCUUAACCUGUCAUAUCUGCCUCUUAAAAAGUUUGAGGAUGGAUGCUUCCAACGAAUUGCCAAUAUUUCUUUUUUGAAAAUGGAUGGAUGCAAUUUGGCAUCUCAGAUCACUAAACUUUGCACAGAGCUAUCAGACACAGCUAUUCACACCCUGUCUCUUCAAAAUGCAACUCUUCUCAAACUCACCAACAUAACAUUUAAAGGCCUACAUAAAACCAAUUUGACUAUUUUGGAUCUUUCAAGUAAUAAAAUGUCUGCAAUUGAAAAAGGAGCAUUCCAAUGGCUGCCAACACUAAAAACUCUCCAUUUGGAAAAAAAUAACUUCAAGCACCUGACCAAGGAUACCUUCGUGGGGCUCGAAAGUUUGAAAGAACUCAACUUAAGACAGGCUUUGGUGAAAAGUCAAACAUCCUCCACAUCAAUCAUUGACGAUUACACCUUUAGCCCAUUGGUUGCACUGGAGACCCUAAUACUGGAGCACACCGCGAUUCGCUCAAUCACAGAAAACACGUUCACAGGUUUGACAAGUCUUCAGUACUUUUACAUUGGCUGGUCCAGUUGCACAUCCCUCAAGUCCCUCACCGAAAAGACCUUUGUGUCACUCGCAGCAUCCCCACUCAGGUUGGUUAACCUGACGGCCACUGCCAUCACUAGCAUCGGCAACGGCUCCUUCUCUGCCUUUCCAAAUCUCACCACUCUUUUGUUGGACUUUAAUUUCAUCAGCCAAACUCUCCAAGGGGCAGAGUUUGAAGGGUUGGGUCAGCUUGAACAACUCUUCUUCUCCAACAACCGCCAGAAGGUUGAACUGAGGUCCUUAUCUUUUGUCCAGCUUCCUAAGCUGAGUCUUCUGACACUGGGCAGAACCUUGACCGGCAGCUUGGACCUGGUUCCAUCUCCGUUUGCUCCCCUGAAGAAUCUCAAAGUUCUUGACCUCAGCAACAACAACAUUGCCAACAUCAAUGCGCGCAUGCUAGAGGGUCUUGAGAACCUAAUGGUACUCAAGAUGCAGCACAAUAACUUGGCGCGUGUGUGGAAAAGUGCCAAUGUCGGGGGGCCGGUGUUAUUCCUCAAAGACCUGGGGAACCUAACUGUCCUAAACAUGGAGUACAAUGGAUUGGAUGAGAUCCCUACGGAUGCACUAACAGGGUUAAAGAAGCUUAAAGAGAUGAGGUUCACAGGCAACCUCCUUAACAACCUCAAGGACUCGGUCUUCGAGGACUUGCUAUCGUUGCAGACGUUUAGUAUCCAGAAAAAUCUGAUUACAUCUGUGAGGCCCCAGGUGUUCAAACCAGCCAUGGAGAACCUCACUCUACUGGACAUGGGCAGGAACCCAUUUGACUGCACCUGCGAGAGCAUCCUGUGGUUCGUGACAUGGUUGAACACGACAAAGGCCAGCUUGACGGGAGGCAAGGACCAGUUCACGUGCAACACCCCGCUCGCCUACUUCAACCGCUCGGUCAUGGACUUUGACUUGCUGUCCUGCAAAGACUCCACUCCAUUCCAGGCACUGUACAUACUCAGCAGCACCAUUGUCAUCGCAUUGAUGUUAGGCGCACUUUUGGUUCGCUUUCAAGGUUGGAGGAUUCAGUUCUAUUGGAAUGUCCUGAUCAACCGCACGUUGGGUUUCAGCGAUGCCAAAGUUGAGGAAGGAAGGGAGUUUGAAUUCGACGCGUAUGUGAUACACGCUGAUGAAGACCAGAAAUGGGUGGAGCGUAGUUUACUUCCUCUGGAAACGGACAGAUAUGUGUUUUGCAUGGAGGGUCGUGAUUUUCUGCCCGGCACAUCCCGCAUUGAAGCCAUUGUGGAUAACAUGAGAAGAUCACGAAAGUAUUUGUUUGUUGUCACGGAGAGUCUCCUCAAUGAUCAUUGGUGUAGAGGAUUCAAGGCCCACCACGCUCUUCACCGGGUGAUGGAGGAGAGGCGGGACGCUGUGAUCCUGGUCUUUCUGCAGGACAUCAAUGACUACAGGCUGUCCCGCUCCCUGUUCCUGCGCAGGGGCAUGCUGCAGCUGCGCUGCCUCCUCUACUGGCCCGUCCACAAGGAGAGGAUCCCGGCCUUCCACGAGAAGCUGCACAUCGCACUGGGGACGACCAACACGCCGAAGCCCUGAAAACGACAACUGCAGUUGUCGUUUUCUUUAAGAAGGGAAGAUGAAGGGAUUGUCCCCAGUGAAGAGCUGUCAUUUUCAAAGAUGUUUUUAUUUUUUUGCCAGCGGAUUGAAAUGCUUUCCGCAUAAUAUUUAAUAAAUGCAAUGCUUUGUGCUCCUAUUAUUCAAUCCAUUCAAUGAUCUUGUUCUUAAUCACCACCCAGGCCUCCCUGUGUUGCUUCACCCUCCCUACGACUACUACAACUCCUCCCUCGUUGGUAUUUGUGCACAUGCUCAGGACCAAUGCGGCGUGUUCUUGUAUAACCUGACCUGUGGCAUACAGCGCAGCGUUUGCUAUUGCGCCAGCCCAUGUCAAUAUGAGACACCAUACCAAAGGCUAGGUCUCUCCUUUACCCCAGAUGUUGUUUAUAAUGUUUUUACUUGUAUACAGAUAAGAGGUUGUGUAAUCUUUUUUUAUCAGGUCACAUCAUUAAUCUGUAAUGUAACCUUAAUCUAAUAAUCGAAACAAGAUUGUUUCGAUUUAUCGUUUGAUCCCUUUUCCUGUUGGUUAUUUCUCUCAUUGUUACUAUUACUAUACUAUACCAUGGCAGCAUGUCUCAUGCAUUUAAUUCAUAAAAAAUAUGAUAAAUGUGCAA